ACUAAACUAGUAGUAGCCGGAAACAUGUCAGCGAUGGAUAUUUUGGUGUUGAAGCUUGUGUCCUUGUGGAGGAAAACACACAUUCGCCAGAAUUUUGCGUGGUUAUUUUUCGUAAUUUCAGUGGUGGGAUCCAUUGUGAAGGAGCUGCAGUUAAUUCCGGAGACCUAUUUCAGUAACAGCAGGAAUGUUCUGAACGUGUAUUUUGUGAAAGUGUCCUGGGGGUGGACCCUCCUCCUCCUCUUCCCGUUCAUCACCCUCUCCAACGCGGGCGACAGAGGCCUGCCGUUCGUGCUGCGGCGUCUGAGCUCGCUGGCGGUCGCCACCGGGGUGUGGUACGCCUGCACGCACUCCUUCUUCUACAUCGAGGACGCCACGGGCGGCUGCUACGAGUCCAGAGCCCUGCAGGGCCUGCGCCCCGAGUUCACCUGCAAGGCCGACUGCAGGAGGGCCGGCCUCACCUGGCACGGCUUCGACAUCUCCGGCCACUCCUUCAUCCUGGCCUACUCCGCCCUGGUGAUCGUAGAAGAAAUGGCCCCCAUGGUCCAGCUGAAGGACUCCGGCCGGGGGGGUCCGGCCUACAUGGGCCUGGCCCUCGACCUGCUCUACCUCGCCCUCAACGGCAUCCUGGUUAUGUGGAUAUGGAUGUUUGCCUGCACCGCCAUCUACUUCCACACCAUAUCUCACAAACUUUUGGGGACCUCCUGCGCCAUCCUGGGGUGGUACCUCACGUACCAGGUGUGGUACCCCAAACCCCUCUCCCCAGGCCUCCCCCCGCUUCAGACACCGCAGAAGAGACAAGCUUAGACUGGGUAUGCACUGCUUAGACCAAGUAGGUUAUUACCUGCGGGACACACCCAACCAUACUCUACAUCGCUGGUGGCAGAAUCUACUACUGCUACCUACACUACACUGCAAAAACAUGGGGCUCAUUCCAGUCACUUAUUUUUCACCUCUUUUUUUCCCCCAUUUCCUUGCUCCUGACAGAGGUCCGCCAUCUUUAAGGACCUUCCAACCAGUUAAAUGUUCCUUCUAGGAGCUAGAAGUAGAAGUUAGGACUAUGGAGACAUGAGUGCAUCCUUUACAGAAGUAUUUUGUAAUAUUAAGUAUUCCGCAUAUUUCUGUGACCUGUGGAUCAGCCUCUCCCCAUCUGCCACUCAUUUGCCUCGUCUGUAACUGACAGGGCUUCAGUCUGACGUUUGAAGGAGCCAAGGGCGUUCCAUUUGCCUGAUUCACAUUUUAUACAUUUCCCCGUCAUCACUUUUUUUCCGCUCGCCUCUCCCAAUGGGUGGAGCUAGGAGGAGUACGUAAAGGAAGGCAAAUAAAAAAAGAGGGGAAAAGUAAGCAAUUGGAAUGAGCCCUCUGACUGUGUCUUGCUGUAUAGGGUCCAGCCCCCCUCCCCCCACUUCCUUCAUUCUCUCAAAGGUCAUUUAACGCCAAGGGGAUUGGUUUCCAGUCCCAAUGUCCAGGGUGGCAGCAGCCGUCAGCUGCUUUACUUAAAAUGACUUUGGGGGUAAUCUGAGAUUAGUGCUAUGCGUGGUAUAUACUAUGGUGGGUAACGGUCACAUUGAUUUUAAAAGAAAAAUUGUAAUUCUUGCCUUGGACACAGGACAUUUUGUCUGGCAGUAUAUCCUUGUAUUGUAAGAGGGUCGCCAUAAAAGCAACUUGUAGAUAUUUAAUGCUUGGUAACAUUUAUGUAUAUGGAAAAUUACACUGGAAUGAAUUAAUAGGAAAGCACUAAAUGAAAUUUAAAAACCUGUUCCUGGCAAUCUACCAUCCUGUACGUCAGUGCUACUCAACUCCACGUCCUGCUGGCCACAGUGUCUGCAGGAAUUUUCUUCACAGUAUAGUAACAGAUGAAUUGGUUUGUUGUUCAGAAAUCAGUACAUUGACAUUCUGAAAAAUUAAUUGACCUAAUCCUUGUUUGGCAGCUUCUGCAAUGUUUCACACUGAAAGUACGCCUGUACUUUUAGUAUACUGCACUGGCACAAAAAUGAGUGCUUCACCAGGCUGUCAGUCUCUAUUUGAAAUGGACAUUUACAUUAAAGUGAGGGUGAUAUAAUACGCGGGAGGCAUUUAUGAUCAAGUUUAAUUAAUUUAUGAAUAAAACAUUUAGGCAAGAGUAAUUGUUUUUCAUACACCUAUUCUGUAAUUUGUGGCAGAAUCAAUGUAAGCAACUGGCCUAUUUAUUUCAUUUUUGAAUGUUGACGUAUAGACGCAUGGUACAGUUUAAGCCAUUGUUGCCAAGCUGGUGUUUCUCAAAACAAAGUCUCAUGUAUAAUAUUAACUGAAGUAAACCUGUUUGCAGUGCAUCCUAUUAAACUGGUAAUGGCUGGUGGAAUGUUUGAAGUCAGGCCCCUUAUUUUAUGGUCCACGAUGGGAUGGCCAUUUUUACCAAAUUAUCAUCCUACCAUCUGCAGGUCACAGCAGAAUUCAGGAGAUCCAAAAGGCCACACAAUGUGUUUCCGGUCUUUAGAUAUCCAGUUUUGGUGAGCCUGUGCCCACUGUAGCCUCAUCUUCCUGUUCUUAGCUGACAGGAGUGGUCUUCUGUUGCUGUAGCCCAUCAACUUCAAGGUUCAACGUAUUGUGCAUGCAGAGAUGCCCUUCUGUACAUCACAGUUAUAAACAUCUGUUAUUUGAGCAUAUAUUGAAACCAUGACCUCAUGAGACUACAUACACUAUAUUGCCAAAAGUAUUCACUCAGCUAUCCAAAUCAUUGAAUUCAGGUGUUCCAAUCACUUCCAUGGCCACAGGUGUAUAAAAUCAAGCACCUAGGCAUGCAGACUACUUCUACAAACAUUCGUGAAAGAAUGGGUCGCUCUCAGGAGCUCAGUGAAUUCCAGCGCGGUACCGUGAUAGGAUGCCACCUGUGCAAUAAGUCCAGUCUUGAAAUUGCCUCACUACUAAAUAUUCCACAAUCAACUGUUAGUGGUACUAUAACAAAGUGGAAGCAAUUGGGAAAGACAGCAACUCAUCCACGAAGUGGUAGGCCACGUAAAAUCACAGAGCGGGGUCAGCGGAUGCUGAGGCGCAUAGUGCGCAGAGGUUGCCAACUUUCUGCAGAGUCAAUAGCUACAGACCUCCAAACUUCAUGUGAUCUUCAGAUUAGCUCAAGAACAGUGCGUAGAGAGCUUCAUGGAAUGGGUUUCCAUGGCCGAGCAGCUGCAUCCAAGCCUUACAUCACCAAGCGCAAUGCAAAGCGUCGGAUGCAGUGGUGUAAAGCACGCCGCCACUGGACUCGAGAGCAGUGGAGACGUGUUCUCUGGAGGGACAAAUCACGCUUCUCCGUCUGGCGCUCUGAUGGACGAGUCUGGGUUUGGCGGUUGCCAGGAGAACGGUACUUGUCUGACUACAUUGUGCCAAGUGUAAAGUUUGGUGGAGGGGGGAUUAUGGUGUGGGGUUGUUUUUCGGGAGUUCGGGUCGGCCCCUUAGUUCCAGUGAAAGGAACUCUUAAUGCUUCAGCAUACCAAGACAUUUUGGACAAUUUCAUGCCCCCAACUUUGUGAGAACAGUUUGGAGAUGGCCCCUUCCUGUUCCAACAUGACUGCGCACCAGUGCACGAAGCAAGGGCCAUAAAGACAUGGAUGAGCGAGUUUGGUGUGGAAGAACUUGACUGGCCUGCACAGAGUCCUGACCUCAGCCCGAUAGAACACCUUUGGGAUGAAUUAGAGCGGAGACUGCGAGCCAGGCCUUCUCGUCCAACAUCAGUGUCUGACCUCACAAAUGCACUUCUGGUAGAAUGGUCAAAAAUUCCCAUAAACACACUCCUAAACCUUGUGGAAAGCCUUCCUAGAAGGCUGCAAAGGGUGGGCCGACAUCAUAUUAAAUCCUAUGGUUUAAGAAUGGGAUGUCACUCACGUUCAUAUGCGUGUGAAGGCAGACGAGCGAAUACUUUUGGCAAUAUAGUGUAUGAAUAUGGGUCAAUGACUCUGGGUAACAAUUUCAGUUAGGUUGGAUAACACACAUUUUUUUGUAGUAAAAAUGCAUAAUUUCAAUUGAUUGAGUUGAGAACACAACAAUAUUUGGAAAUUCAUCUGUUAUCCAAUAUGACAUUUGUGCCUGAUGUCUUCAAGUGAUUCUAAAUGAAAAUAAAUUACAUUUGCUGAAAUAAAAUUUGAGGUAAAAAACUGCAUUUACUUGAAUCCCUUAGUUGUCACUAACCCAUGGACAUGACUUAGGGACUUACCUGCAUUUACUUAAAGAAUGGCAGUCCAAACAACUGCAGAAAACAAAGCUUGCACAGAAACUUCAGUUUAACAUUUUUCAUUUUUAUUUUAUCAUUAUUGAUGGCAACUGAACAAAUUAAGGCUUAUGAACAAACAUCAUAAAAGCACCAUAAAUAAAUGCAUAUUUAUAAAUAUAAAAAUAAAAAAUACAAAUUAAAAAAAUACUAUUGUAAAGUAUAGUAGCCACGUAGAACAACUAGGAUUUCAUUUUCCAAGAAGUGGUUGAUUUCUUGCUUGUGAGAUUUGUCUAAGCCUUGAAAUACAGGCCUGGUGAGAGCUCGGUAAAGGGGUUUAGGUUUUGGUUUGAGUGAAACGGUGUAGCCUACUCGUGGUUUAGACCGUGUGCAUUGUCUGGAGUACAUAGGACACAGUGGCUUCUUGUGAAACAAGUGGACCUCAGCGCCUCUCUGGUUCGUUGUAAUGCACAUUGAUGCUAAUGUUGCCGCAACAAUCCUGGGAUCCCCCCUCUACUAGAAAAUAAUAUCUAUAACAUAAGCAACACAGACAAAAAAAACACUUAGACAUGAAUAUUUGUACAUUGUGCGCCUGUGAUCCUUUCCCUACCUUCCUGGGCUCAAAAGUAUGCCGCAUUUUAAGCUCCAGUGAAGAUUAGCCUGAGCCACCGCUUACCAACAUCAUACAGACAGCGGUCUGUUUUUAUACCAACAUCAUAUGGACAGCGGUCUAUUUUUAUACCAACAUCAUACAGACAGCGGUCUGUUUUUAUAACAACAUUCUCAUAUGGACAGAAGUCUGUUUUUAUACCAACAUCAUACGGACAGCGGUCUGUUUUUAUACCAACAUCAUACGGACAGCGGUCUGUUUUUAUACCAACAUCAUACGGACAGUGGUCUGUUUUUAUACCAACAUCAUUCGGAAAGCGGUCUGUUUUUAUACCAACAUUUUCACAUGGACAGAAGUCUGUUUUUACAAACAAGCAUCAUGUAUAACAAGGAUGUGUAAGUCCAAAGUUGUCGUAAAGGGUAGUUAGUUACUCGGGCAACAGUUUUGGAUACGUGUCAGACUCAUACAUGAGCAGUACUGUAUAUUUGCAUAAACACUGCAUACGCAUGUCAAUAUACAGUCCCUUCAAAAAGUAUUGGAACAGCCAGGCCAAGUCCUUUGUCUUUGCAAUAAACUGAAUACAUUUUGGGUUGAGAUAAAAAGAUACGAGACAACACCUAGAUGUGUUAAACUACUAGGAACAUAACACCUUUGGUAUCAUAACACUUAAUAUUUGGUAGCAUAUCCCUUACUUGCAAUAACUGCAUCAAGCCUGCGACCCAUGGUUGUUGUUUGUUUCAGGGUUUUUUCCCCUUCAUUCUCCUGUUCAGGAGGUAAAAUGCAUGCUCAAUUGGGUUAAGGUCUGGUGAUUGACUUGGCCGGUCUAAAACCUUCCACUUUUUCUCCCUAAUGAUGUCCUUUGUUGUGUUGGCAGUGUGUUUUAGGUCAUUGUCUUGCUGCAUAAUGAAGUUCCUCACAAUUAGUUUGGACGCAUUCCUCUGUAAGUUGGCAGAAGUCUACAAUUUAUUGUAUAUUGAAUUCAUCCUGCUACUACCAUCAUGAGUUUAUAAAUAAAGUUUAUAAAUGAUUAAUAAAGAUUGAAGCAGCCAUGCAA